GUGCGGGGUUCUCUCCACGUUGCCAACGUAGCCGACGAAGUUGGCGUGUCCAACGUGACCGCUGUGGACCGUGUGGAGGAGGCUGCGGCUCCGCCGCCGCGCGUCUUCUUCCUGUUCCUCGCGGUCGACAAGGUGUCGAACCUGCCAGUGUGGGAUCUGUUCUUCAAGGCCGCGCCGUCAGAGCAGUACCGCGCCUACGUCCACUGCAAGCUCGACUCGUGCAAGGCCCAGGUGCAGGGCUCUGCUCUGCAGCCCGUCGCCACGGUGCCCAGUUACUACU